GACGACUUCUGGGGUGGAAGAGAAAAGCUGAUGAAGCUCGAGCUAUACGUCCAAGAUCUCCGGGUCGGCAACAAGAACGCCACCGUGGUGGAGGUGGCGAAAGCCGCCGGCGUUACCGACAAAUCUCCGUUCAACUUCGGAAGCGUCCACGUCGUCGAUGACCUGGUCACGGAGGGGCCGGGAAUCAACUCACGGCCCCUCGGCCGCGUCCAAGGGCUCACCAUCAACGCGGACCUCUCGACCUUCGGCAUCGCCACGAACCUCAAUUUGUAUUUCACGGUGGGGAAGCUCGCCGGCAGCACGCUCUGCAUUCUCGGACGGAACCAGGUGAUGGACGACCAGCGGGAGCUGCCGGUGGUUGGCGGCAGCGGCAUUUUCCGAUUCGCACGUGGCUACGCAAUCCAAACCUCGCAUUCGAUGGAUGCCGCGGCUAACUACGCGGUGUUGAAAUACACCAUCUACACUACGUACAACUCUCGUUUCAACGUUGAUGCUGAGAGUUUUGCUCAAAUGUGAGAAAAGGGAAAUCUCAAAUCUCUAAUAAA